GCGUGACAAAAACGCGCAUGCCGCGUGCCUCUGGGGCGGCACGGGUUACGCGCAGGCUGCGUCAUCUUUCCACAGCCCCCUCCGAGCGCUGUGCCAAAUCUGACUGACUGGCGGCCGCCCAAACCCCACCUGUGGCCAGCCCACAGCACAGUGCAAAUACAAACAAUCGAGCGAACAAAGCCAAAGCAUGGCGCCCACGCACGACAACACCAACGACGCCACCGCGACCAUAAUAGAAGAAGAAACGAAGACGGACGGCGACGCCGCGCCGGCGCCCGCCCCGACGCUCGUGCUCCGCCUGAACCCGCGGCCCCACAUCUCCUUCGCCGACGACACUGUUGAUAAUGAACACUUAGGACGGAAGUCGUCGAAGCGCUGCUGCAUCUACCACAAAAAAAGGCCCUUCGGUGAGUCGUCGACGGAGUCCAGUGGGUCCGACUGCGAUGAUCCUGAUUGUAGAAAAAACAAAUCAAUAGCGCACAAGAAGAAGACUCAUGAAGAUGGCGUCGAGGAGGCCAAGGAGGAGGCCCCGCCGCCGCCGCCUUCACCAUCGCCCGCGCCCGCGCUGCCGGGCGCCGGCUGGGGCAAGGUGAAGAAGGACCGCGUGCCCGACUACCAGCGGUUCCACGCCUAGUUUGCUAAGGGGACCUUGUUGUUGU